AUGACGCGCAUCGCGUUUGAUGCGUGGACAUCCGCCGUACAUUUGAGGAAGAAAUUAGAGCGGACGAAGCAAAAGAUGGAAACGCGAUUGCGACGGAAACUCAUCAAAGAGUGGCACUUGACCGCGGUGAAAAUGAGAAACGCGAGGGAGGACAGGAAGAGGGUGAUGAAAACGACGUUUCGACUGUGGAGGAUGAGUUUGAGAGUGAAAGAUGACGACGAAGGAGGAGAAGAUGGGACACUUGCAACGACUGCAAACCGUAACGGUCAAAACAAAGAAGAGGAGGAGAAAAAAUGUUCACUUGUGCGAAAGAUGUUUCAUCGAUGGCACAUAUCCGCGCUGAAACAACGAAGAAACGAACGAGAGAAGGAAUUCGUGAAGGUGGAAGUUCGAGAGCGAGUGUUGGGAGAAAACGCGAAGGAGAUGAAAGCACGAUGGAAAUCGGAGGCGAGGAAGACUCGAGCGUGCGAAGACGCGUUGGAGGCGUUGCAGAGCGCCGCGGUGAAGGAGCUGGAGGGUGAGAAAGAGAAUGCGCGCGAUCAUCGCAGAGAUGAUGGUGAGUAUGGGAAUAAUAAUAAUAAUAAUAAUAAGAGACGGGAGCGGUUGCGAGAGGCGUUGAUGAAACAGAAAGUGCGCUUGCUCGAGGAAAUCGAAAGAGAAGAAAAUCGCGAACGGAUACGAGCGCGGUUCGGGAGCUAG